AACUCCUAAUAAACGUGUUCACUUUCCGUAUCGCGCAUCCCCUGCUGCCCCCUUCAUAUCCCAAACUCCGACCUACCUUCACUUAUAUUACCGCGCUACUCUCUUUCUUCUCCUCUUUUCCCGCUUUACCAAAAGAGCUGCAAAAACCCACACACCACCACCACUACUACUGCGAACUACGCCUGCAAACCGAAGGGAAAAAAAGCACACGCAUCAUCCUGCGAACUACUGGUUUACAGCACACACAUACCUCUCUCGCUCUCUCUCCACACACACACAAAAGCGCCCCCGAAACAAGCGAGUCAGUCAACCACCUCCAAACCCCACACUCGCAAACCAAACACGUCACCACCCUACCUGCGAUCUCUGGUCAGCCAAUCAACCCACAACAACAUACUCCACAAAACACAAACACCAGCAGCAGCAAUGGGCAAAGACUCCUCCUUCCGCAUCUGCAUCGCCUUCCUCCUCAUAGUUCAACUCGCCUGCUGGUCCCUAACCCUGCUCGACCUGCUGCACCCAGGCAAGCCGCACGCCGUAAUGCGCAACAUCAUGGACCUAGUCUCUCUCUUCUUCUCGCGCCAGUCGACAACCGCGCUGCUGAGCUACCGCGAUAUCAAGGCGUUGAUGUACUGAGUGAAGGGACUUCCGCCACUCGCAGAGCCAUGU